CAUAGGCAGGACAGCUUUCUCAUUUGUGACGCAGCAGGGGAAUAUUGAAAUCAUGAAACUGUUGUUGGCAAGGGACGACAUAGAUAUCAAUUCCAGGGAUCAGCACUGUCAAGCACCCCUCUUGCUCGCAGCUGAGUUGAAGAGUAUUGAAGUUAUUAAGCUGUUAUUGGAAAGGCAUGAUCUGGACCCUAACGCAACGGAUGGCACGGGAAAGACGCUUCUCUCCCUUGCAGCCCAACUAGGAAAUAUAGAAAUGGUUAUGCUAUUGUUGGCAAAGGAAGGUGUGAAUGUCGAGAUCAAGGAUCAACAGGGUCAGACACCCCUCUCUCUCGCAGUUAACUCGGGGAGUGUAGAUAUUGUCACGCUACUGCUGGGAAGGCGCGAGGUAUAUCCUGACUCGAAGGAUGCAUGGGACAGGACCCCCUUAUGGCUUGCAGCCAGCAAGGGGCUUGUGGAAAUCGUGGAGUUGUUGUUGGCACGGCAUGAAGUGAAUCCUAACUCAAAAGAUUGCUCGGGUUGUACACCUCUUGUCGUUGCAGCUACGCUAGGGAGUGUUGAAAUUGUUCAACUGCUGUUAGCAAGAGAUGAUGUGGAUAUCAACUCGCAGAACAAUCAUGGCCAUACACCACUAUUACGUGCAAUUGAGUGGGAGAGAAAAGAGAUCGCGAAACUG